AUGAACAUCCCAGGACUACAAGGCGGCGCAUACACUGCAGUCUUUGAAACAGACGAAAACGGGAACUUCCAUUCAGCGAACGGCAGCGUGCCAGGCUGGCUUCGAGACAUGAUAGAGAGAGCAUAUGCCAAUAGUGGGCUUCGAAUGAACAAGAAGGUGGCGUCGCUGGAAGCUAUUGCAUCGCUCGAGGAGGUCCCUCCUGAGCUACUCAAGGAGCUGACGUGCCCGAUUUGCUAUGAAAAGUACGAGGUUGAUCAUAAUAAGAAACAGAAGAUGGACACUACAGUGCAGAAGGAAGAGCCACAGCCAGAGACAUCGUGGGCGUAUGAAAACGUAUAUGUGGAGCCUGAACUGAGCAGGCUUAAGUUUAAGGAUCCAUCUCUUUUCAUGGCGGUGGACGCUGGCGCUGCCAAUCCACUUAGGUUCCCUCAACAGAACCUAUCGAACAGAGAAACCGUCACCAAUGAAGAGAUGUUCCCGUCAUUGAACGACUUUAAGAAACCCGUGAAGGCCAGCAAAGAAACCAGACAUAUUGCGAUGAAAAUGCCCAAUUGUCAUCACGUAUUUGGGAAAACUUGCAUUAUCGAAUGGCUCAGAGGCCAUGUGAGCUGCCCUCUUUGUCGUAAGGAGGUGGAGAGCGUUCGUGACAGUGAUCCAAUGGCAAAGAAGAUGGAGACGCUUUCGCAGAAUUGCAAUUUUAUCUUUGCUGCUGAUCAAGACGUGGUGAUGAAGCACAUUCUUCGUCGCCUGACGAACGUCUUUGAACCAUUCAAGAAGCCAUACAAUCCGGCCGUCACGCCGCUUACAGACACUAGCGUGCUGCAGCAUUGGGCACGUCCAAGUUUACCUGAAGGCUUUGCUCCAGACGUGACAGAGAAUGCAGAUCCCCAGCUUAUCAUGGCCCGCAAGUAUCCGCUUUCGAACUUCCAGUCGACGCCACGAAGGUCGCUAUUUGGACGUCGAAACGAAAGGGACGAAUAG